AACCUAAAAGUAGAAAGUUCUCGAGUUUACUUUCAUUUGCGCAGCAAGUUGCGCGAUAUGAUAAGGGGAUGUAUGCAUUGUCAAGAGGACCAAGUAAAAUAGCUUCUAGCACAAGGAGAGGUCCUCCGAAAGCGAUAGACAACCUUGAAAUAAAGGACGUAGAAAAACAGCAAAAGGGGACUGGUGCAUUGACUAUGAGCUCUCCAAAACCUACGUUCAAUCAUCAUCAAAUGAAUGGUAGAAGAUCAGGUUACAAUAAACAAAAUCCACCACCUGUACAAGAAGCUUUUCCACAACACGAAGAGAUAGUCAAAUUUCUUACUGAUGCUUGGAGUAAAGUCAGCGUUGAAUUAGAAUCAAAAAAGAAUUUUAGAGAAGGUGGUCCAAUUGUAUACAGAGACAAAGAUCCAAAUAAUCCUGUUCUGAAAAAUUUUAAGCCUUUUGAUCUGGAGUCCUACUGGGGACAAAGAACAUUAGAGAAGAUAACAAGCAGUUGAUACAGCCUUAUUAUUUUAACUUUGCCAUAGUUCUUUCAUGUUAGUGUUGUACUGAUUUUGUUGAUAGUUUUUAUGACUAAGAAAGUCUGUUAGAUGAAUGAGUAAAUGUUUUUGAGAGAUGAAUUUUUUAUUUGUAAUUAAAGAAUGCAAUUUUUUAUUAUA